AUGUCCAUCUCACAAGAAUUUGCUUACAAAGAAAGACCAGAUGUUUUGGUUCUUUUUGAUGUCGAUGGUACUUUAACUCCGGCUAGAUUAACCAUCUCUGAUGAAGUCAAAGAAACUUUAGCCAAAUUAAGAAAGAAGGUCUGUAUUGGUUUUGUUGGUGGUUCUGAUUUAAGUAAACAAAUUGAACAAUUAGGUCCAAAUGUCUUAGAUGAAUUUGACUAUUCUUUCUCUGAAAAUGGUUUAACUGCUUACAGAUUAGGUGUUCAACAGGCUUCUCAAUCCUUCAUUAACUGGAUUGGUGAAGAAGAAUACAACAAGUUAGCUGUUUUCAUCUUGAAAUACUUAGCCAAUCUGGAUUUACCAAAGAGAAGAGGUACUUUCUUAGAAUUCAGAAAUGGUAUGAUUAAUGUUUCUCCAAUUGGUAGAAACGCCAGUACUGAAGAACGUAACGAAUUUGAAAAAUACGACAAAGAACAUCAAAUUAGAGCUAAAUUCGUUGAAGCUUUAAAGAAGGAAUUCCCUCACUUAAAAUUAACUUACUCCAUUGGUGGUCAAAUUUCCUUUGAUGUCUUCCCAACUGGUUGGGAUAAGACUUACUGUUUGCAACAUGUUGAAAAGGACGGUUUCAAGGAAAUUCACUUCUUUGGUGACAAGACUUUUGAAGGUGGUAAUGAUUAUGAAAUCUAUGUUGAUGAAAGAACUAUUGGUCACUCUGUUUCCUCUCCAGAUGAUACUGUUAAAAUCUUAAACGAAUUAUUUAACUUAUAA